GAAUGCGACCGUUGAUUGUUCUGCACAUCUCCCACUUCUGCUAUCAGGGACAAGGGUCUAGGGGCAACAUGCAACUGUAUAAAGAGAUAUCCUCUUCCUCGCAAGAGCUUCCCCACGUCGAGGCGCUACCAUGGCCCGGAUAAAUAACCCACUGCGGGCGCUCGCAGCCCUGGCCAUCUCUCUCGCUGCACUGGUAACUUCAACUAUUACCGGUGAUCCUGGCCCAGGAGGCACUGCACCUGUUCGCCCUUUCCGUCUCGAUCAGGUACAGCUCGGCAACGGUUUGCUCCAGGAGAAGCGCGAUCGGAUAAAAGAGUUCGUCCAAGCUUAUGAUGAGCGUCGCUUCCUGGUCCUUUUCAACAACCAGGCCGGUCGGCCCAACCCAGAUGGAGUCGAGGUCCCUGGUGGAUGGGAAGAUGGUGGGCUGCUUAGCGGGCACUGGACUGGCCAUUACCUGACAGCGCUCUCCCAGGCUUACGCCGAUCAAGGGGAAGACAUUUUCAAGACCAAGUUGAACUGGAUGGUGAAGGAGUUAGCCCUCUGCCAGGAUGCUAUCACUGCUCGGAUGCACGAUGCGAAUGGGACAAAGGGAAUAAAUUCUACCUCGAGUGCUGCUGACUGGGUACCUACACAUCCUGGUUACGUCGGGGCUUUGCCGGAAGACACGGUGCUGAGGCUCGGUCCUCCGCGCUGGGCUAUCUAUGGAAGUGAUCUUUCCAAGAAUACUUGGGCCCCAUGGUACACACAGCACAAGAUCAUGAGAGGUCUACUAGAUGCAUACUACAACACCAACAAUACCCAGGCACUCGACGUCGUGGUGAAGAUGGCAGACUGGGCGCAUUUAGCACUGACUAUUGGAGAUAAGAACCAGCCUGGCUACACUGGCAAUUUGACUAGGUCGGACCUCAACUACAUGUGGGAUCUGUACAUUGCAGGCGAGUUCGGCGGCGCGAACGAGGUCUUUCCUGAGAUCUAUCAAAUUACAGGCGACCCACGUCACUUGGAAACUUCCAAAGCUUUCGACAACCGAGAAUCGUUGUUUGGCGCGGCUGUCGACGACAACGACAUUCUUGUGGUGCCGGCUGAUAGGAUCCCUGGAAGACGCCGUGCACAACGGCUCCAUGCUAACACUCACGUCCCUCAAUUCAUCGGCUACAUGAGCGUCUUCGAGCAUAGCGGAGAACAAGAAUACUUCGAUGCUGCGAAAAACUUCUACGGCUGGGUGCAUCCGCACCGCCACUUCGCCCACGGCGGCACAGGCGGAAAUUAUCCCGGGAGUAACAAGAACUCUGAGUUGUUCCAAAACAGAGACAACAUUGCCAAUGCUAUUGCAGAGGAUGGCGCUGAAACAUGCACCACGUACAAUUUGCUUAAGCUGGCUAGGUAUCUGUUCCUGCACGAGCAUAAUGCCACCUACAUGGACAACUAUGAGCGCGGCCUGUUCAACAUGAUCGCUGGCUCGCGGGCAGACGAGAGCAGUACCGAGAGUCCGAUGCUCACCUACUUCCAGCCGUUAACCCCAGGGUCGAGUCGUGAAUAUGAAAACACCGGUACCUGCUGUGGAGGGAGCGGGAUGGAAAGCCACACAAAGUACCAAGAGACGGUGUAUCUACGUUCUGCCGACGGAUCCGCAUUAUGGGUCAACCUCUUCAUCCCUUCUACUUUGGAAUGGGCUGAGAAGGGUUUUGCAGUCAAACAAGAAACAUCGUUCCCGCGCGCGGACACAGCCAAGCUUACCAUCACCGGCGAUGGACCUCUGGAUAUUAAACUGCGCGUCCCAGCCUGGAUCCGUAGAGGCUUUCAGGUCAUCGUCAACGGCAUUCCCGUCUCGGAUGCCACAGCCAGCCCGGGCACUUACCUCACCAUCAGCCGGACCUGGGCCUCUGGCGACGUCGUCGAAGUCAAAAUGCCGUUCACCCUACGCAUCGAGCGCGCCAUCGAUCGCCCUGAUAUCCAGGCCCUGUUGUGGGGGCCCAUCCUGCUCCAGACGAUCGGUGCCCCGCCAGAAAAUCAGACAUACCACCAGCUCUCCUUGUAUAGCCAUCUCAAGCUCGACGGCGACUACGUGCGCGCCGCUACUGUGCAACUUUCUCCGAAGGGUGACCCUGUCUUUACCUUCGCUAGUAAUGUUGGCAAUCUGAUCGCUCGUCCAUACUACAUCGGCGACACCCAAGCAGCAUCGGCCUACUUCCGGCGCGUCGAGCCAAACAUUGUCUUCGGGUCAUUAGACACAAAAAUCGCGAACCGCAAGCGCAAUGACGGGCUACCGCGGUACGAUGUCCCUGUCGCAAACGUCACGUCGCCCGGAAACGACGGCCCGACCUUUUUGGACGUUGUGUGGGACUCUGCGCCUUUUGAGACGCACGAUGCAUUCGUGAGAACAGUCAAUGAUGUGGUCAAGUCAUUCGUGGCUCAGGGCGUGUUCACGCAGGAAGAGGGUGAGACCAUCGUGAAGGGUGCGACCGAUGCGAAGGAUGGGCUUGAGGAAUGAAUGGUC